UCAGUGAGUCGAUAUCAGUGGACUCCAUCUGACCGAAGCUGAAAUGAGGAAAUUUGCUUUAUCCCUAGCCGUGCUGGGAUUAAUCUCCCUGGCUGUGGGUCAUACCAACCCCUGGGAAGGUGAGCCCACCACUCCCGUCAAAAAGGUGGUGGCUGUUCCGGUACCUGUUCCUGUUCCUGUGCCAGUUCCUGUUUACCCCAAGGAUGGAGGCGGUGGAGGAGGAGGAGGUGGUGGCGGUGGCAGCGGAAGUGGCGGCGGUGGCGGCGGGGGAGGAGGAUCCGGAAGCGGAGGAGGCGGCGGCGGAGGGGGCGGCACCCAAGGCUCCUGCCCGAAACCUUCCCCCGAAACUAUACGGUGCCUCCGGGAGUGGGCCUGUCAGUACGUCAUCCGUCUGGAUCUGCGCUGCCUGCUCAAUUUAAACGGCAACCCAUUGCUGGGCAAUCUCAUUUCCAUACCCGGCAUCACCGGAGGCGGCAGCACAAGCGGCGGCGGUGGCAUCUUGGGCGGUCUUCUGGGGGGCAAGUAGGGCAAAAAGUGCGCACAUUAAACCCAAUAAAAAUGCCGGCACUGGAAAA